CCCCUCGGACUCCCGCAGGCAGGAUGGUGGCCGUAGCCCUGCAGCCCUCUGCGGGCCGCGGGGCGGGUCUGUAGCUGGCGUGGGGUGGUGCCCUUUGCAGCAAUCGGGAGCCGAAGGCGCCGGGCGCCGGGCGCAGCGCAAAGCGCCCGUGCGCCCCUUUUCCUCUCGCUCUCCAUGGACGGGGGAGCGGGGGGUGGCCCCGGGGUGCCCGGUUCCGAAAACCCCAACCGCGCCGUGGAGUAUCUGCUGGAGCUCAACAACAUCAUCGAGAGCCAGCAGAAGCUGUUGGAGACCCAGCGGCGGCGGAUCGAGGAGCUCGAAGGGCAGCUGGAGCAGCUGAGCCAAGAGAACCGGGACCUGCGGGAAGGGGACAGAGAACGGGAGCGGGAACGGGAGCGACACCGAGACCGAGAUCGCGACCGGGACCGGGACCGGGACGGGCAGUACCACCACAAGGAGAGGGAGAGCCACUAUCAGAACCGUACGGAUCGGGACGGGCAGUACCAGAACCGGGAGGGCCCGUAUCCCAACCGCGAGAACCGGACGGACCGCGAAGCUCAGUACCAGAACCGAGCCGAGCGGGAGAGCCAAUACCAAAGCCGAGCCGAGCGGGAAGGGCCGAACCAGUAUCAGCAUCGGGACAAGGAGCGAGAUCUGCAGCACUAUGGAAACCGGGAUGGGCAGUACCAGAACCGGGAGAGCCACUACAGGGAGCCCUGCCAGUUGCAUCGAGACCGGCCGCCGCAGUGCCAUCAGACGCGGGAGAAGGAUCACGAGUAUCCCCGGCCGCCCCGGGAAAGGGAGAGGGGGCAGCUGAGCCACGGGGCGUCGCGGAGCUCCAGCCCUGGAGCAGGCGGUGGCCACAGCACCAGCGCAAGCACCAGCCCAGCCACCACGCUGCAGAGAAAGUCAGAUGGGGAAAAUUCAAGAACUGUCAGUGUGGAAGGAGAUCCUCCGGGAGGUGAGGCAGGUACCAUAGUGGACAGUCUGGGCAGUCAGCCGUACCGGUGUGUCCCUGAGGUGACCAAAGUUGAGCACUAUGAUUUAGUGCCAUCUUCCUCCUCCUCCUCUGUCUGUCAUACUCCAUCACCAGGUCUUCCGUGGGCCCAGCGAGCUCGGCUACAGCCAGCCAGUGUGGCGCUGAGGAAGCAGGAAGAGGAGGAUAGCAAACGAUCCAAAGCACUGUCAGACAACUAUGAACUCUCAACGGAUCUUCAGGACAAAAAGGUGGAGAUGCUGGAGCGGAAGUAUGGGGGCUAUUUCCUGAGCCGGCGGGCAGCUCGUACAAUUCAAACAGCCUUUCGCCAGUACCGCAUGAACAAAAAGUUUGAGCGACUAAGAAGCUCGGCAUCAGAGAGCCGUAUGUCACGGCGCAUCAUCCUAUCCAACAUGCGGAUGCAAUAUUCGUUUGAGGAGUAUGAUAAGACCCAGAAUGCUCCCUACUUUGAAGGCAAACCUGCCUCGCUGGAUGAAGGAUCCAUGGCUAGCGCUCGACCUCAUCUGCUGGAUCACGGCCUUCCCUAUGGUGGCUCUUGCCGGGCUGGCCUGGAUGGUGGCUCACUGCAUUCCUCUUCUGGAGGCUUCUGCAAUGACAUCACAGAGCUUGAGGAUUCCUUCUCCAAGCAGGUGAAGUCCUUGGCAGAAUCGAUUGAUGAAGCCUUAAACUGCCACCCGCUUGGCCAGGAGGUAGGUCCUGGUGGCCCCACUUUGGAGAAAAGUGAAUCCAAGGAGCAGCAGGGUGACAGUGCUGCCACCUCUUUCAGUGAUGUCACGCUUUACCUGGAUGAAGGCGCCCCCACGUCACCCCUCUCUCUGGAGCGCCCCCCCAGCACUGAGCCCUCAGAGCCUACUCCAGGAGUGCCCCUCCCACCCCCCCCACGGCCGGAGUACUGGGGGGCCCCUCAGCGGGAGGACAGCCGGGAGAACGGGGGCGGGAGCCGGCGCAGCACCCCUUGCAUGGAGUGUCGGGACUACCGCCUUCGGGGCGCCCAUCUGCCCUUGCUCACAAUCGAGCCUCCCAGUGACAGCUCAGUGGAUCUGAGUGACCGUUCUGAUCGGGGUUCACUCAACCGGGGGCUCAUGUAUGAGCAAGAUGGCUGCAGCCCCCACGGCACCCUCAAGCAUCCUGGUGGGCCUGCCCGCUCCCCACACCCGCAUCGCCACUAUCAUCCCGAGCAAAGCCAGCCUCCUCCGCCUUUGCCCAUCCCGCCCCCUCAGGCCCCAGGCCGCCUGCCUCCCCCUCCUCCGCCGGACAACUCGGAUGGCGACAACGACAGCCUCAACAGCACCACCAACUCCAACGAGACCAUCAACUGCAGCUCAGGCUCCUCCUCGCGGGACAGCCUGCGCGACCCACCCCCUCCCACCCCAGCCACCACCGUGACUGCUGUGGGGCCCUGCAAGCAGACCUACCAGCGGGAGACGCGGCACAGCUGGGACUCCCCGGCCUUCAACAAUGAUGUGGUGCAGCGCCGCCAGUACCGCAUCGGCCUCAACCUUUUCAACAAGAAACCAGAAAAGGGGAUCCAGUACUUAAUUGAGCGAGGCUUCUUGUCGGACACACCGGUGGGCGUGGCCCGAUUUAUCCUGGAGCGGAAGGGGCUGAGCCGGCAGAUGAUUGGAGAGUUUCUUGGCAACCGGCAAAAACAAUUCAACCGAGACGUACUUGACUGCGUUGUAGAUGAGAUGGACUUCUCCAGCAUGGACCUGGAUGAUGCCCUGAGAAAGUUCCAGUCACACAUCCGGGUUCAAGGCGAGGCCCAGAAGGUAGAGCGUCUCAUUGAGGCCUUCAGCCAGCGCUACUGUGUAUGCAAUGCCCCAUUGGUGCGCCAGUUCCGAAACCCCGACACCAUCUUCAUCUUGGCUUUUGCCAUCAUCCUUCUCAACACUGACAUGUAUAGCCCCAGCGUCAAGGCCGAGAGGAAGAUGAAACUGGAUGACUUCAUCAAAAACUUGCGGGGGGUUGAUAAUGGGGAGGAUAUUCCCCGUGACCUCUUGGUAGGGAUUUACCAGCGGAUUCAGAGCCGAGAACUGCGCACCAACGAUGAUCAUGUUUCUCAGGUCCAGGCAGUGGAGCGCAUGAUUGUGGGCAAAAAGCCGGUUCUCUCUCUGCCCCAUAGGCGCCUGGUGUGCUGUUGCCAGCUGUAUGAGGUCCCCGACCCCAACCGGCCCCAGAGGCUUGGCCUGCACCAGAGGGAAGUCUUCCUCUUCAACGACCUCUUAGUGGUGACAAAGAUUUUCCAGAAGAAGAAGAUCCUUGUGACCUACAGUUUCCGUCAGAGCUUCCCACUUGUUGAGAUGCAGCUACAGCUCUUUCAGAAUUCCUAUUACCAGUAUGGGAUUAAGCUACUCUCAGCUGUCCCUGGUGGGGAGAGAAAAGUCCUGAUCAUCUUCAAUGCCCCCAGUCUGCAGGAUCGAUUGCGCUUCACAAGUGACCUGCGGGAGUCCAUUGCUGAAGUGCAAGAGAUGGAGAAAUACCGCGUGGAAUCGGAACUUGAAAAGCAGAAAGGAGUAAUGCGCCCCAAUGCCUCUCCCUCUUCUGGGCCCAAGGACACCGUGAAUGGCACCCUGACCCGGAGCAGUCUAGAGGAUGCCUACACUGUGGGAGAGGGGCUGAAGAGAAGUGCCCUCAGUAGCUCCCUGCGUGACCUCUCUGAUGCUGGCAAGCGGGGCCGCCGUAACAGCGUGGGAUCCUUGGACAGCACAAUUGAAGGGUCUAUCAUUAGCAGCCCACAUCCCCACCAGAGGGUGCCGCCGCCGCCACCUCCUCCUGAGGAAUACAAGCCCCAGCCUCGGCCCCCCUCGAACUCGUCCUCCUUCCUGGGCUCCCUUUUCGGCAGCAAGCGUGGGAAGGGCCCUUUCCAGACACCCCCCAGCCAGGCCUCGGCAUCCUCCUCUUCGGCGUCUUCGUCCCACCAUCACCUGCCUCAACACCACCCACAUCACAGCCACCCCUCCCUCCCUGAUGGCAGCCAGUCCAAGCUGCAGGCACUCCACGCCCAGUACUGCCAUGGCCCCUCUGCCCAGCCCCCGCCCCCCUACCCACAGCAGCCCCCGCCCCCCCAGCAGCCGGCACCCCCACCCCCACCCCUGGCCCUGCCCUCCAACCCUUUGCCGCCUCAGGUCCAGCGCUACCACCAUUCGCAGCAGCCUCCCCUCUCGGCUCCCCCGCAGAAGCAGGCAGUGCCCGCUUUCCCUACCCCACAGCCCCACCACCACUACACUCUCGGCCGGCCUGGGCAGCAGAAGCGCCACCAGAUGGCUGCUGUGGCCUCCCAGCACCCUCCCUUCCCUCAUGGGCGUCAGCCCACCUCGCCACUGCCCCUCUACAGCCCUGCCCCGCAGCAUGCCCUGGCCCACACAUACCCUCAGCAGCUGCAUCAGUCGGGAGGCAGCGGGCAGCACACCCUGCACAGGCAGCAGGCCCCAAAGCACUUUAUUUUCAGCCAUCAUCCUGCACAGCUCCUCCAGCGGCCUCCUCUGCCCUCUGGCAUGGGGCCCUAUCCUGGGCAUCAUGGCCAUCCUCAGCCACACCACAGCCAACCCCCGAUGCCCCCGCCUCAUUCCCCCAUUCCCCCGCACCCUUCUUACCCACCCCUCCCCCCUCCAUCGCCCCACACGCCUCUCAGCCCCCACUCUCCAGCUGCACCUACGUCCCCUCUGGCCCAGCACAUCCCCAUGCACCAGGGGGGCCCUCCAGCCAUGCCUGCUCAAGGGCCCCCAAAUCCCAAGCCUAAGCCGGUCAACAGAAUCAGCACUGUUGUGUGAGCAGCUGCCGCCACAACGGGGCUGAUGGCAGACCUAUAAAUAUAUAAAUAACAGAGCUUGGGGCCUCCCCUGUUCCAGCUGAGGUGAUGGGGAAGGAUGGAGGUCAGGAGGGUGUCUAGACUUUACAGCCAUUCCCCUUCCUCCUCCCCACUCCACGUCCCAUCCCUCUUUUUCCUAGGAUCAGAACUGAGAGAGGGCACCCCUUGGAAAGGAAGAAAUCUGGACCUGCAACACCGUUCGUGGCCUGAGGGGGGCACCGGCUUCAUGUGGGCUUUGCUUCUAGGAGCUCUGCCUCUUCUCUUCCCUCCGGGCCAUCUCUCCCCACCCCUGCAGUCUUUCUCUAAGCACCUGCGGACAGCGUGGUAGUUUUGUGGUGACCGUGGCUGGCAAAAGCAUAAGCUGCAGUGUUGGGGAGAGCAAGUUUCUGUCUGUGCUGUCUCAGGGGUACAGCCAAACAGGUAGAAUUUUCCAUCCCCACUUUUACUAGCACUUGUGUAUUUUGGGGCAACAAACUCCAUGAUGGGGAUGAUUGACUGGGAAGGCAGGCAGGCAGGCUGGCUGGCUGGCUGGCUGGCCAUGGUGAAGCAAUCAGUCAUAUUAUUUUGCUACAUGCUCCCAUUGUCAGAAGUGGGCAGAGACAGUCAUGCUAUCUGCUGCAUGUGGUAUAUCUCCUAGGCCCCAGGCAAUCUUGCCUGGCAUGCUGGUUUUGAACAUGCAGAGCAAGCCGUGCAAAGGGCUUUGUGUCUCCAGCUCCUCGGGCCCUCUCCCCAGAAGGUGCUGGUCCAAACAAGGCUUUUCAUUCUUUUAUUAGCCCCAGAAUUUGCCAACAAGCGGAAGAGCUUUGCCUUUUUAAAAUGUUGGCCAGGUAGCGGGUAGUCACUAUGGCUGCCUUCUGUGUGUCUUGUUUACAUUGCAAAUGGCAUUUAUGAACCCUGCUUUGUAGUGGUAAUUUUUACUCAGAAGAACAACUGAAAAAGAAACUCCCACUUUUUUCUGACUUACACGUGUUUUCAGUCUGAUUGCCCCAAUUUUUAGUAGCUCCUAUAGACCAUGAACUCACUUCUCCUCACUUGCAAACAGCCCAGGUGAAUACAGAAGAUGGAGCAGAGUUCUAAAGGCCUUAGGUGGAUUUUUUGGGCUACGUAAAAUAUUUUGUCCACUGCCAGAUUCUGCAACAUGGCACAGAAAGUGCGUGUGCAGAAGUGAUGCAGCAGGAACCAGGGGCUUAGCCCUUCCCAAGCCUGCCAUUUUCUCCUUGCAACUCCUCAUAAGCCUCCCUUUUUUCCAGUGACCUGUUCUUGUUUAGGGAACAGCCAUUGAGCGGAGAUGGGCUUCUGUUGGAAAGUAACAUGCAAGGAAGAGCUCGCACUGCCCAUUUUCUUCCAUAAUGUUCUCUAUUGCCUUGACUUGAGAAUAUUUGGAGGCAACUUUAAUACCCACUUCCAGGCGAGCACUUGGCUCUGGCGUGGAACUGCUUGUUAUUGCUGAGUAGCUUCUGACUUGGGUAUUUGUGCAGAUGGGAGUGUGCCUUCCUGUCUCCAUCAGAGGGGGUGGUUUCAUUAGUGCAGAAAACCUGCAGGCAGGUGCUUUGCAACGUCCAAAAAGAGAGUAUGCAGGCCUACCCACGCAGGCCUUCAGCACUGUGGGUAUCCAGUUGCCCCUUGCACAGGUUGCUCCUCCGAGGUGCUUCAGUGUUUUGGCUUCCUGGAUGCUUUCAACCUGUCUUCCCUCACCCUGCCCUACCAGUGUCACCAAUUACUCGACAAAUACUUUAUAUUUUUGGAAAAUAGGCUCUUCCUCUUGAAAGCCCCCUUGCCAGUUGACUGGCUCCAUGGAGAGAGAGAACCAUCCGUCAGUCACCUGCAGCAUGUGAGGAGGAUGAGCCUAUGGGGCCCCCUGCAGUCUGGGGGAGGUGAUGAAGAGAGGCUGUCUGUAAUUUGCACAGAUUGUGAGUUUCUGCUGUUUACAUUAGAGAACGGAAAGAGACUUGGACAGGAGAUGUUAAGGAUCUGUGGGGAAGGGGCAAGUCCAAAGGAUGGAGAAGUCUGGGACACGGGAAGGGAAUGCAUCCUGCCCUCUCAGUUCUUACUCACAAAGGGCUAUUUUUACCCCCUUCUCUUCCCCACCCCUGCUCUGGGGUUUGCACUGAAUCUGUUUUUAAAGAUAGGGACUUCUAUAUUCUUGGGCUUUGUAUGAACCCACCCCUAAUUGAACUGGAGAGUGGAGAGUAAACUGCUAUGAUCUCUUCUCUCCUAAAUUGUUUUUUCAUCCAGUCAGUGCAUUAAUGCCUGGUAAUGGGGAGAUGGAGUAGGGUUCUCUCCCAACUAGUUCCUUUGGGAGGUUAGAUGCACUUUAAUCCCUGUGCGCUGUGUUUCCCGAAAAAGGUGGCAUCCGGUUUCUGCUGUCCCAAGUCAAGCUUAAGGGGCACAUCCAGACCUAACCUCCUUCCUUCCCUUGAGGUGCUACAUUGUUCUGUCACUCACCUACCUUGCCUAGUAAUGUGAGAGGUGGGCCUCCUCCUAGAUCGUCUUGUUUUAGCUUUGGACAAAGAGGGACGAGGCGGGAUUAAGGGUUAUUUCAAAAAGUAAGGAAAUGAUGCCUGAAUUAACAGUGCCUGUUUUUAUAUUUUUAAGGAGAUGCUAUGGAUUUUGGAUGGAAGAAAUUAUUUUAUUGUUUAAUAAAAUGCAAAGAGGUGCUCCCCAAAUUUCUGAUAGUAGAAGCACACUAUUUUUUCCCCCCUAGCUUUGAAGAGGAAAGUAGAGCAGUGAUCCAUACUAAAAUGCAGACCAGCCACCUCUGAAGGUUAGCUCUACUUGUUGCAAAAAGAGUCAGGCUAGCCUCAGAGGUUGCAUAGGCUAGAAAUGUUUCAUCUGGCCAGCCCCACCUACUGCCCUCCUGACUCUCUGAACUACAGCUGCCAUCUUCCCCAGUUAGAGAUAGGAAGAUUAUUGCUGGGUCAGUAAUACGGAGAAUGUCAGGGUGGAGAAGCUUGGCUUAAUGUCUUGCUGUGGCCUAUACAAGUCCUGCUCAAGUGCCCUGUUAAACUUACAGAAAUGACUGCUCUAAGGGGAGCAAGCUGAGCGAGAGGUGAGAUUCCUCUUGCUCUUUUGAGGAAGGGGGAAGACGAAGAGAGGAGCAAUUGGUAGAGGGUCUCAGGAAGCUUACGGGUUUCUUGAUUCUCACAGGUUUGAAGCACUAGGAUUCAUUUCCUCUGCCCUCUGCUGAUUAUGCUCCACAGCCUUGAGGGGGAAGCCAAGAGUCUUAUUAGGUGGCAGCUUAGGCCUUCCUGCGCCACCUUGCAAAGUCCUGGGUUCCUCUUCUCCCCCACAUCACACCCCAUGUCAGGUCUUCCCACCCUGUGCCCCACCCCCGAGCAUGCACUUUGUCCCUGCCCUGCACUGCACUGCCUGUGUUGGGUUUGUUGCUGUACAGAUUUCCAUGUAUAUACUAUAUAUUAUAAAUACCUGCCUUUGCGAGGGAGGGGGGGUGGUCUCCAGCCCAUGUAUUUUCUGUAGCAUGGGGCUUUCCCUCUGCCCCUCCUCUCAGACUGACUGUAUUUUUGGUCCCUUUCCUUCCCCUCCCCCAAUCGGUUCCACUUUGUACAUAGGAAACUGUAUAUUUGAUGCUUCAUAAAUUGAUCAAAUGUCCUUGCUGUGUGAAAAA